CGCUACACGUGAGCCGGGUACCAUAAUAACAAAGUAGAAGAAGACGGUUGAGAGCUUCUCGAAAAUGUCUGAAUACGCUGCGGCCCAGAAGAGUACCCUGAAAUUAAAAGGUGUAGGAGCCAUUUCAGCAGGAAAAAAGAAGAAGAAGGAUAAGGAGAGUAAGCGUCGCCUGGAGCAGGUCGCGAACAGUCAAAACGAUGAGGAGGAAAAAACCAAAGGAUAUGUUGACAAAAGAACGCCUGCUCAAAUAGCCUUUGACAAAAUGCAAGAGAAGAGGCAAAUGGAGAGGAUUUUGAACAAAGCAUCAAAGACACACAAACUUAGAGUCGAGGAUUUCAAUCGGCACCUGGACACCCUGACCGAGCAUUAUGAUAUUCCCAAGGUCAGCUGGACCAAAUAGAAGAGGAGCAAAUGGUCAUUUUGUUUUUUUUGUUACCGCAAAAGUCUUGCACAUCACAUUUUUGUUUGCUUGUUUUAAAAUGUCCUCAAUUGGCAUUCAGUCAUUAUGAUUUAAAUCCUGGUGUAUACAAUAAAGGACUUAGUUAACUUGUA